GGCCAACUGUCACAUUUUUCUGUCCAAUUCUUUCUUUCGUAUGAAAACGCGUCGAAUGAGCCUAAUUUCAUCAAAAUCGGAGAUCGGUAUAAAUAAGGACGUAUCAAAUAUUUAAUCCGCACCAAUUUGAUACGUGUACUAACCGUUUUAACGGUUGUAAAAGGGGUCAAACAUUCAAAAAUUGAUGUACUAUGAACCGAUUGGAUGAUCCGCCAGGGCUCAUGAAAGGCAGAAAACCAUCUUUCAUUGGAAUGAACGGGGCUCCGGAGACGGAUGACCAACAGCGAGUACGAUUUCAGGUUGAAUUAGAGUUUGUACAAUGUCUUGCCAAUCCAAAUUACUUAAAUUUUUUGGCACAACGUGGCUAUUUCAAAGAUGCGACAUUUAUUAAUUAUCUCAAAUAUCUAUUGUACUGGAAAGAACCGGAAUAUGCAAAGUAUUUAAAGUAUCCUAUGUGCUUGUAUUUCCUGGAUUUAUUACAGUAUGAGCACUUUAGAAGAGAAGUUGUGAAUUCUCAAUGUACAAAAUUUAUCGACGAUCAGCAGAUUCUGCUAUGGCAACAUUACACUAGACGUCGAACAAGACUUCUACAAACAGCUGUUGAGCAAACGCAACAUACUAAUUCUCAAAACAAUGGUAUCGUUCAACCUAAGGUUCCCUAAAGUUAUAAUUUUAUA